GGGGGGAUAACAGCGCGCGCCACAGGAGCGCGUGUCAGGGGGACAGUGCGCGGCCAUGUCCGAGCGGCUGGAGGAGGAAGCGGCCGCCCCGUCCGGGGAAGAAGCGGAGAGUCGAGCGGAGUGUGUGGACCUGGGCGGCGAAGAGCAGGCGGUGGAAGCUGCGGGAGUUGACUGUGAUGAUCCUGAUGAGUCUAAUGGAUCUAUUGAUCAAGUAUCCACACGUCUUUUUCAAGGUCAAAAGGAAAGUCUUGUCAAUUGUGACAGUUCUAAUAAAGGCAUAACUUUGAAAAGAAUUCUCAAUGGGAGAAGGUCGAGUUUUCCGGAAGUUGUUGAGACAACCCAACUGUCAUACUAUGAAAGAUAUAAGGCUUACCAGGACUACAUCUUGGGUGAUACAAAGCCAUCAGAAGUACAGGAUUUCAUAGCAGAAUAUUUGGAGAAAGUUCUCGAACCAUAUGGAUGGCAAGCAAUCUGGUCCAAUGAUAUGUUUGAGGUGCUUGUUGAGGUGACUGAUUUGGAGACUUCAAACCUCAGAGCAGUGGUGAAACUAACAGAACCAUUCCGUUAUGAGUCUGAAACAUAUUCUCUGAACAUGGAAGGAAUGGAAAGUUUCCUUGAAGCAAAAAAUCACCAAGUCCCUCUACAAGAACUCUACGUGGCUUUUGAUGAAUCAGGAGAAUUCGAACAAACGGCCCUCGCUAUUGAGCAUCUCAGAUUUUUCUUCCAACAUAUUUGGAGAAUCUGGGAUGAAGAUGACGAUGAUGAUGAUUUUGAUUACUUUCUCAGAUGUUGUGAACCAAGAUUAAAGCUGUAUUAUGAUAUUCUUGAGGAUCGCGUUCCUGUUGAUCUCAUCGCUGAAUAUAAUCAGUUGCUGUCUAAGUCUGAGGAGACGUACAAAGAAUUUAUAAAAGUGAGAAAUGAUAUCUCUGCUAGUGAUUCUGAAUCUGAAUUGAACAAUGUUUCUAUGGUGGAAGGUGUUAAACUUUGCGAAGAGCUGGACAAGCUAAAAUAUAAACUUCGAAUAAUGGAGUCUCCACUUUACAGGUAUGUGCUACGCCAAGAUGGCUAUGGAUUGCCAGGAAAGCAGGCCAAAGGAACUCGUCCAUCAGGUGAAAAAAUCAUUCAUGUUGUUUCAAGCUCCAUGACUAUUACUCUACUGAAGUCUUUGUUGAAGGAGAAACUAAACCCAGACUCUUUUAUUCAGGAACAAGCAAUGGAGUUUCAUAGCGACCCACUUGCAGCAAUAAAUGCAUGUUAUGAAGGAGAUAUUGUUAUUAUCUGUCCUGGUCGUUACAGCGUGAAUGGCUAUUUCACAAUUGCUGAUUCUAUUCAAGUAGAAGGGUAUGGACUUCCUGAUGACAUUGUUCUAGUGAAAGAAGGCAAAGGAGAUGCCUUUGUUGAUUGCACAGCAAGUUGUGUCAAAAUAUCCAAUUUGAAAAUUAUUCAGCACGAUGCUACAGAAGGUAUUUUAUGUGUCCGUAAAGGCCGAACUAUUCUUGAAGGCUGUGUAUUACAAUGUGAUUCUACAGGGGUUGUGUUGAGAACCUCAGCACAACUGCAUAUGAAAAACUGUGACGUAUAUGGAGCAAAGGGGGCAGGCAUUGAAAUUUAUCCCAGCAGUAUAUGUGAGCUGUUUGGCAAUGAUAUACAUCACUGCAAGGAGGGAAUACUUAUUAAGAAUUUCAUGGAAGAACUAUACGAGGUGCCAAAAAUUACAAUGAUGAACAAUCUUAUACAUAAUCACGAAGACUAUGGUAUUACAAUGUCUAAAUUUGCAAUAAACUUCACAAAAAAGAAACCAUUUUUUGUACUGCAUCAUACAAGUGACGUGGGGCCAACGACAAAUUUACAAUGUGAUUUAAAUGAACAAAAUUUGGAGUUAGAUUCUGGCAGUUGCGUUUCGCAGCAAGUACCAGAUUUAUUAAUCGAGGAGUGUGAUCCUGCUGCGAGUGAAGAAAUAGUGGUCUUCAACCCCCUCAACACGGCUGAAUGUGAUGAGGCAAUUACUAAUGAACUCAUUUCCACUUCUGCAACAAAGAGGGAACAGACCAGAAGUAGAUUGAAUGAAACCAUAGACAGUGAGAUGGAUAAUGUCAUGCCACAAGAAAUAUUCCCAUCAAUUGUAGGUAAUCAUUUUAAGAAAAAUGGCAAAGGAAGUUUUGGAAUUGUAUACUGUUAAUUUCCUAUCCUAUAUAUGAAAUAUAUUUGUACAGACAUUGUACAGCUGCUUUUAAAAAUGUGUAUUUCUAAAAUCGCACUCACAAUUCCCAGCAAAUGAAAAAGUGCUUCCAUUCUCGAUAGUCCUGGAGUCCAAGAGCUGUCUUGGCGGUAAAUAUUUAUCGGCAGAUGUAUAAUUAGUUUAGCCAUGAACCUAUCUGUUCAAUUAAAAAUGCUUGCAGCCCACAGUUCUUCACAAAAUGGCACUUCUUGUCACAGGUCAUUUAGCUGUGUAAAAUGUAAUUUCUAUAAAGAUUACAAGGGGUUAAUCUCAGAAUUUAUGACAUGUCAUUGCUGUAAACAUUAAGCCCCAAAAUGUAUAGCACUUGGCAGACAGCUUCUUUGCUCAAAAGCUCCAACGUGCCUAAAGAGCCAACAGUUAAGCGGUUAUUUUAUAUCCGCACUUCCUUUCUAUAUUUUUAAUUUUUGGAGGAAAAAACACAAUGCUGGAGGAUGUUUGUUAGUCAGGCAGCUUCUGUGGAGGCAGAGGGUUGGUUGUCAUUCUGGGUCAAGAACCCUGCCUUAAUCCUGAUGUAGGAAAACUAUUUGAUACGCCGGCCAUCCCCCUCCCCCCCCCCCUGCUUUGCAAAUGUUGCCUGACCUGCUGAGUUCCCGCAGUAGCUUGCCAUAUGCUCCAGAUUACAGCCUCUAUAGGCUCUUGGGACUUCAUUAAUUUUUAAUGUGUUUAUUUAAAACUGCAUUCAUUUAGCUAUAUUCCAUCUGCCCUGAUGUGGUUCGGGGCCGAUGUUUUGAGAAUAGUUUAUCACAUAACCGACAUAUCCCAUUUGUGGCUGGAAGUAGUUCCUGUCAAUUUAUUUUUAUUUAUCCUCAUUGCACAAUUAUCCUAUAUUUAUAUUUGCAUGCAUGAAUUUAUAUUUGUAUUGAAGGAAGGAAGAUUCCACAUAACCUCGGGUGAAAUCAUGUAAUUUUGCAUUAACAUUAAAUUGAUUCCUUGUCACACUUAUGUGGUACAUAAAGUUGAAAUAAACAUGAAAGUACAUAUUC